AUGACAGUGCACAUCCAAUGGCAUUUCUCAGUUCGGAUACUUCGUAUCGGGUUUGCCAUCGCCACCAGUGAGAUCGAUUACUUUGGCGACCCCAUUACCCUGCAGAUCUGGCAGAAGGCAUAUACAGCCCGAUCCUGGGGCGACAGUGGUCAUUACGAUGCAGCUACACGAGGCCGCCGCAAAGCACACGAACGCGCCGUCGCCAGAACUGCGCGGAAGGAUGAUGGACUUCGCGAGCUCACGUGGGUCUCGGUAGACCGUCCCGAAGGAAAGCAGGCAGCAGAUACUCCUUAUGGCCGACUCCAUCCGCUGAUCCAGCAGCUCCACGAAGGAUUCCGUAGCAAGGCCUGUGUGCGCCGCUGGUACGGUGCAUCUGGUCCAGAGCUUACAUUCCCGUUGACUUCCGACCAUCUGAUGCCUCUCGUACAAUACAACCUCAAGCGUGCUGCGAUGACGAACGCAAGCAUUCUUGACCGCAUUGUUGAGCAACCUUCGAAGAUUUGGGCCGAUGAUGACUGUGAUGUCCUGGAGAGAGAGCUCGUUUACUUUUCCGGCAGCUCACGUCUGCAUGAAGUCCCGCUGAGUCUGCUACCGACAUCUCUGCAACGCGGUGAGCCACACAAGCACUGGAUCGAUCUGAUUCCGGACCCGAUGCUGCGCGACAACAUUAUAAGGGAAUCACAGCGAACUCCAACGGCGGAUUUGGUGUUGGAUGACCUUCUGUCGGAUCUUGCAGGCUGUUUGACGACUCACGAGCAGAUGCGAGGGACCGAAGUGUCCGGAAGAGCCAUGAUCAUAGUUUGGACGACUCCGUGGUCGCCUUGGGGUCUGGAAGUGACUGAGGCCUUCCAAAGGAAAUGGGGUCGUCUGCUAUAUGGCUGUCGAGACAUACUGCUGGCCACUAAUAUGUGGCGGCGAGAAAGGGGAGAGCGGCCUUUGUUUGUCGUCUCGUGA